CAUGUGCUGAGUUGGCUAGUCUUCCGCACAUUUCACGCUAAACACAACAAUGUAAAAUACAUUUUUAAGGAACAUCUACAAAGACUACAAACAACUAGAAUUGGGAUGCAAUAAUCUGGAUGAAGUUGAUGCAUGGAAAGCGUCUUUUCUGCGUGCUGGUGUUUAUCCUGAGAAACAAAAAGUAGCAACUGAGGAUGAGAGCCAAGAAGUUCUUGAAGAGACGUCUAUGGAUCCGCAACUGGAACGUCAAGUAGAAACAAUUCGUAAUCUAGUAGAUUCCUAUAUGAGAAUCGUCACAAAAACCAUCAAGGAUCUCGUACCCAAAGCCGUAAUGCACCUCAUUGUUUCACAGGUCACGCAGUUCAUGCACGAUGAGUUGUUAGCGCAUAUAUAUCAAUGUGGAGACACGGUAAGCUUUUUCAAGUGA